GCGGGAGAUCCGCACUAUGCUGAGCGUCCCCGGGUGUCGCAGCGUUCAGACCGAGCCCCCGCCUGAGCGAGGGGCUGCGGGGAGCAGGAGGGGCUGUGAGGGGCGGAGCGGCCGGGGCUUGCUGGGGGCUGGGCUGUGAUGGCUGCGGCUCGUGGGGACCGCGCUCCCGGGGCGGGCUGUGUGUCGCUGGUUGUGGGAAUGUGAGGCUGCUGUGGAGGGGGAAAGGGGUGGUGCUGGUCUGUGCUGAGCCGGAAGGAGGUGUUUGAGGCAAGCUGGUGUGUUAGGAAGAAAAACCACGCAGGACAAGAAAUAACAAGGUUUGCCUACCCAGCAGUGCCACGGAAUCUGAGGUCACCCUGAAGCAGGGUGUUAUGGAGUGCAGCCUCAUUUCUCACGUGUUGUUGGACUGGCAGUGAUUAACCGAGGUCUGGAUUUCUUUAGGGGUUCUCUUUUCUCUGGUGACAGGUGACAGAACAAGGGGAAAUGGCCUCAAGUUGUGCCAGGGAAGGUCCAGCUGUGUAUGUGUGCCCACUCAUCUUUGGGAAAUGUCCAACGUUUCCAAUUAUGCCCUUCGAAUGGCCCGUCUGAGUGCUCAGAUAUUUGGAGAAGUUGUCAGGCCAACUGACUCAAAAUCCAUGAAAGUUGUAAAGUUAUUCAGUGAGCAGCCUAUAGCCAAAAGGGAGGAGGUCUACAGCUGGUAUCCUCCUCACAACACCUACUAUGCCCUCAUGAAGAAACUCCGUUUUCUUGGUCUCUACAGAGAUGAGCAUCAAGACUUCAAAGAGGAGAUGAGGCGGUUGAAAAAGCUCCGUGGAAAGGAAAAACCAAAGAAGGGCGAAGGAAAGAGGGCUCUCAAGAAGAAAUAGUGCUCACUGGACAGUAUAACAACUGUGGAAGAGCUGAAGAACACCUGUAACCCACAGUUUCUGCUCCCAGAUGGAGGGGGCUUAGUAUGCGAGCUUCAUUUGGAGCACAAGAAACACGUUGUGAAAUACUGGAGUCCACCUUGGGAGUGCAUUUGGGUCUUAGUGUUUUGCUGGGUGUUAUUAAUUCCUGUAUUUGAAAUAUUCUGGAUGCUGUAGCACAUUUGUUUAUCAUGAGACCCUUCCUGUACCCAACUAGUAACAACAAUAGUUGGAAAAGAAAAAAAGUCUCUGUGUUUUUCUUGGAUACAUCAGCAGCCAUGUUCCAGUUUUUCUGGAUCUGGAAAAUCCAGAAUCUCUUUUUUUUCCUCUUUUACUUUCUUGCCUUGCUAUCAGUGCUGUUUUGCAUUUGACCACAGAAAGAAAAAAAAAUGUUUCCUACUUCUGCUGCUUACUAUCUUGCCUGUUAGGUUGAGUUUUGCUCCAGGUAGCUUUAACAUUGAUCAUCUUUUUAAAGUUGCUGUUAGAAUCUGUGGUUUUGCACUGGAUAAUCCUUGAUGUUCCAUUGCCUGCCUGCAGCACUCUCAUUGUACCUUGAAUAUUUAGAUACUGCCAUAGAAGCAACUGAAAAAUGAGGGCUGAAGCUGCUUUCAGGACUCUGCUAAUUAAAAUAUGUGUUUAAUAUUUAACAUACAUUAUUUAAACAUAAUGUAAAAGGAUUUUGAAUACAGUCCAGUUGCCUAGAGGACUCGUGAAGUGCUUCAAAAGGUACAAAGCAAUUUUAUAGAUACGCACUAAGUUUUUUUUUUUUUAUAGCUAUGCUCCUUUAUUGUUGUUAAUAAUUACAUGUAUAUACCAUCUUUACCUGUCACUCACUGUCACGGAACACAAAGUAUAGAAUGUAACUCUGCUGCUUUGUUUGACCACAUAUGUAUCCUGCCCAGAAGUGCCUUGAAACUGCAUCUUUAAUUUCCAGGCCCCAGAAACCUAGAGGAACAGCCCUGAGCUUCUGAAGGAGAGCUAUUCAAACCUUAGAAUGACUGGGGCAUAAAGCAUUGCACAGUAAGCUUGGGGUGUGCUUAAUUUUUGCAUACGGAGUCAUUCUAAAGUAGGUAACUACUAACCUGGGGCCACUUCUAAACCAAGCUUGUUGAAAUGUGUUUUUAGAGGGGCUUGUCUGAUGGGUGAAAUUGAUGGAUUUACAUAAAUUUGUAAUGGCUUCACAUUUUUCCUUUACCAAUGUUAUGAAUUCAACUAGUGCCAAUUGAAUUAAAGGUUGUACUUGGAGAUGCUGUGGAGUCUACUUAACUGUGGCAGCUGCAGACUGCUGGUGCCUGUAGUAGCAGCAGCUAUAUUGGCCAGGACUUGGCAUCUUCAGAAAUUAAACUGAAAAUCAAAUAUUUUCUCUGCAUUUUAAAGAGGAAAACACCAGCAGCAAGCUUUGUUUUCCUGUGAAUAUAUAAACAUACACAGUGAAGUAUGCACACAGCAAAAAUUGAUUGUAUUUCUGCUCCAGUAAAGUAUACACAAUCUUAAA